UUUCCAAAUACUUCUAGCUUAUUUCUGAUUUUUACCUGAUUACGUACCAGAGAAAACAUGGCUGAGGCUAUCGUUACUGAUGUUGCUAAGGAAAUACUAAGCAAGGUGAUUCCACUUGUUACUGAGCAGAUCAAUCUUGCUUGGGGUUUCAAGGACGAGCUAACACAGCUUCGUCAGUCAGUGGAGAUGAUCCAAGAUGUGUUGGCUGAUGCAGAGAGAAAGCAAGUGACUGACCUGUCGGUGAAGCACUGGCUGCAGAGGCUUAAAGACCUUGCUUAUGAUGCUGAUGACGUGCUGGAUGAGCUUGCUUACGAGAUUCUCCGGCGAAAGGUAGAGAUCCGAAAUCAAAUCAAAAGAAAGGUAUGCUUCUUCUUUUCGUUUUCAAAUCCCAUUGCAUUUCGUAUCAAGAUGGCUAACAAAGUUAAGACCAUUAGCGAGUCGCUAAAAAAGAUUAAUGAAGAAGCAAAUGGAUUUGGACUUACUAGAGCAAAACUAGUAAAUGCAAAUCCUGAGAUAAUCCCAAACCGAGAGACAGACGCCUUUGUUGAUCAUUCAGAAAUUGUAGGAAGGGAAAAUCAUGUCUUAGAAAUAGUAAACUUGCUGCUAAGUGCAACCAAUGAACAACUCUCGGUCAUUCCUAUUGUAGGAAUGGCAGGUUUGGGGAAGACAACUGUAGCAAAACUCGUGUACAAUCACGAGCUAGUAAAGAGACAUUUUGAUAAGACAAUAUGGGUAUGUGUCUCUGAUGAUUUCAAUGAUAAAAGGAUUUUGAGAGAGGCUUUAGAAUCCCUUACCCAAAAGUCAAGUGCAUUAGAAAAUAAGAAUACAAUAUUAGAAUGCCUUCAAAAAGAGUUGCAAGGCAAAAGAUAUCUUCUAAUACUAGAUGAUGUGUGGAAUGAAGAACCUAUGAAAUGGAAUACUUUAAGGAGUUGUCUUUUAGAAAUUAAUUCGAAUGCGGGAAACAGCAUUAUUUUAACAACCCGUAGUGACAAUGUGGCAAAAAUUACAAAGACACUUCCACAACAUAACUUGAAAAAACUAUCAAAAGAUGAAUGCUGGUCCAUCAUCAAGAAAAAAGUAUCUCUUAAUGAAAGAGUUCUACUAACUCCAGAGUUAGAGAUUAUUGGAAGGGAUAUUGCAAAAAAAUGUGGAGGGGUCCCAUUAGCUGCAGAAGUCCUAGGAGGGACGAUGUGUCGUAAAAAGGAAAAAAGUGAAUGGCUAGCAAUUCAAAACAAUGAAAUUUGGAAUUCACUAAAUGGUAGUAAUGAAAUGUUACCAAUAUUAAUAUUAAGCUUUGAUCAUCUUCCAUUACCAUCUCUUAAACAAUGUUUUGCAUAUUGUUCAAUUUUUCCUAAAGAUUAUAAGAUUUACAAGGAAGAAUUAAUUCAGCUUUGGAUGGCUGAAGGGUUUCUUCAACCAUCUCUAGGAAGUUGUCUAGAGGAUAUUGGUAAUAAGUAUUUUAAUAUCUUAUUGGGGAAUUCCUUAUUCCAAGAUGAGGAGAAGGAUGAUUAUGAUAAUAUUAUCAUAUGCAAAAUGCAUGAUUUGGUACAUGAUCUUGCUCUCUUAGUUUCAAAAUUAGAGACCCUAAUUUUAAAUGAGGAUUUAGUAGAUGGUAUCAGUUUUGUACGACGUUUGGUGAUCCAAUUUGAAGGUAAAAGUAUACCAAGAAUUCCAUUUUUAAAAGAUGGUGUCUGGAAAUUGCGCACAUUUAUUUCGGAAAAUGCUACACUUGGCAACACAAUAUUCAGUUUUGAAUGCUUACGUGUUUUAAAAUUAUAUGGAAAAAGUAUAAAAGAAUUGCCGAGUUCAAUUGGCCUAUUAAUACAUUUGAGACUUCUCAACAUCUCAAGUACCCACAUCAGAGCGUUGCCAAAGGCCAUCACCAAGCUCUACAAUUUGCAAACUUUAAGAGCAGAAGGUUGUGCUAAUCUCCAAGAGCUUCCGAAAGAUCUAAAAAAUUUGAUUAACUUGAGACAUAUUUAUUUUGAUGGUUAUAGAUUUAGCCAAAUACCCAAAGACUUAGGGCAGUUGACUUGUCUGCAAACUUUGCAAUAUUUCAUUGUGGGUCAAGGCACAGGUUUUCAGAUUGAAGAAUUGGGACGCUUAAAUCAACUAAAAGGAAAAUUAGACAUUCGUAGGCUAGAGCAUGUGAAAGAUAAAGAAGCCUCCAGAAACGCCAAAUUAGUAGAAAAGGCCAAAGUAUACGAGUUGAGAUUUUCUUGAUGUAAGAAUAGAGAAGGUAACCACAAUAAUGAUGAAGAGGUGUUAGAAGGGCUCCAACCUCACCGAGAUUUGAAGAGCUUAACAAUUGUUGGUUUUGGAGGGGAGAAAUUCCCAUCAUGGAUGUUGACAAGUCAUGAUGCAGGGGAUGGCUUUUUGCUAUAUGACAAAUUGAUUCAUAUCAAAUUAAAGGAUUGCACGAAAUGUGAGGUUCUUCCCACUCUCGGGCUUCUACCUCGUCUUAGGGAUCUUGAAAUAAAUGGGAUGGAUAAUGUAAGAUCUAUAGGACCUGAGUUUUACGGCAACUAUAAUCAUGGUGGUUACGACAAAAUAUUGUUCCCGCGUUUGGAAAGUCUUCAAUUGUGGAAAAUGCGAAAUCUAGUUGAAUGGACGGAUGCGAUGGAGCCAACAACAACGGGAACGGUGUUUCCUUGCCUUAAGUAUUUGACCAUUCGGUUCUGUGAGCAACUGAAAAGUGCUCCAUGUCAUUUUCCUUCUCUUGAGAAAUUAGAAAUUUCCAAAACCAAUAGCACGACAUUUGAAAAAAUCAGCAGCAAGCUUACCACACUAACGUCCCUCCAAAUUGGGGGAAUUUCAGAACUUGCUUCUUUGCCAGAGCAGUUAUUGAAAAAUAAUUCGAGUCUUAUGUCUUUGAGGAUACGGCGUUGUGAGGAUUUGGUAUCCCUAUCACCACACGGGAAUGUAUGGGGCUUCUACACUUCUCUUCGGUCACUGGAAAUAUCAAACUGUGAGAAAUUGAGUUAUUUGCCGGAUGGAUUGCACACCCUUCGUUCCCUUGAGGAAUUCAAAGUACACAGAUGUCCUAAUCUGAGGUCCUUUCCAAGUAUAGAAGGUGUGGCGUUACUUCUUCGAAGUCUAGCGAUAUCGUGUAGUGAUGAAGUUCUACCAAUUGGUCUUCAAUCAUGUGUAUCUCUAUCAUCAUUGGAGAUAAAUGGCUGUCCUAAUCUGAAAUCAAUUCCAAAUCUACAGGAUUUGCAUUCACUUUACUCCUUAACAAUUACAUAUUGUAAAAGAUUGAUGGGUUUGCCAGAUGGGUUAGACUGCCUCACCCGCUUGAAGUAUUUGAAUAUUGGUCGGUUUUGUGAGGAGUUGGAUGCUUUCCCUAGUCUCAGUUCCAUCCAACACGCAUCCCUUGAAAGACUAAGUUUGUAUGGAUGGGCUAAACUCCACUCUCUCCCAGAAGAUAUUCAACGAUUUACUACCCUAACAAAACUCUGGAUACAUGAUUUUGACCAGAUGGAAGCUUUGCCUGAGUGGUUGGGCAAAUUUUCUUCUGUUCGAAAGUUGUAUCUUAGGAAAUGCAUGAACCUGACGUAUCUGCCAACAGCGGGAGCCAUGCGACACCUCACCCAUUUAGAUAUUUAUGAUUGCCCCAAAUUAAAGGAAAGAUGUGUGAAGGGAAGCGGCGCAGAGUGGUUCAAAAUUGCCCAUAUUCCAAAUAUCCUGAUCGACUCGAAGAAGAUUAAAGGGUAGUUGUGCAUAUUGGUCCAAGACAGAUCAGAGUGGAAAAAAAGAAAAGAAAAAAAAAGGAAAGUUCUCCUCUUCAAGAGCUGCAAAAGAACCAAAAUUCAAGGGCCGCUCACCAAAUUAGAGAAGUUGAAGAUAUUUCUGGUCAAUGUAAUACAAAAACAAUGUGAGGAUUCUUCGCCGUUCUAGCCCCGGUUUUCAAUCAGCCAAACUUCAACACCUAAGCACGUUCUUAGUUGGAGGAGUCAUAUUUUGAGGAUCUUUACGUUCCACAUAUAAGGCAUCAAUGGUAGCUUCUGAUUUGGCACAGGGUUAACUUUUUCUCUCUUCAAGAAUGCUGCUUUCAGGGAACAAAUGAAGAGGACUAAUCCCUUACUAAAGAGAUGCUCUCUGGAUUUCUUUCUGGUGGUUGAUAGUUCGGUAGAAGUUAUUGCCAUGUUAUGCUCACUUUACAGUAAAAGCUGAAUAUUUCUUGUUGGUUGCUGUCAGAAUGGUUAACGAUUGCACACAGUCAUCAAAAUUAUAAAAUUGGCAGAGUGGUUGGAAAACCUUUUCUCUCUUCAACAUUGGUCACUUAUUUGGAUGCAAGUGGAUGCCAUGUAUUGGCUCACCAAUUUGCAACACCUAUUCAUUCGUAACUGCCUCAAGUUAAAUGAUAGAAGUGCUGAGAGUAUCAGCCAAUUCUGGUCCAAUGACAGGGAAUGGAUUAAAGAGGAAGCUGUUUGAAGUUAACACAUAUAUUAUCACAAAAUGUGUGUGGUCAGUUAUCUUAAACUUAAUCCUCUUCUCUUCUCUGAUACUCUACUUUAAAUCAACUAAUUACAUUCAUAAUUUCCCUCAUGUCUUUCUUUCUUUGUUUGCUUUCCUCUGAUCUUUUUUAAUCUAUUUCUUAUUUAUUAAUUAAAUAUAUUGCCUUGAUGUGCAGGCCAAAUUCUAUUAUAUUCAGUUGGAAGAACCGUUAAUUAAUUUUAUGGAGAUUAAUAGAAGUUCAUCAAAGGUGGACUGCACACCCUUCGUUCCCUUGAGAAUUUCGAGGUAAGAAAUUGUCCUAAUCUGAGGCCCUUUCCAAGUAUAAAAGGUGUGGCGUUACUUCUUCGAACCCUAGCGAUAUCGUGUAGUGAUGAAGUUAUACCAAUUGGUCUUCAAUCAUGUAUAUCUCUAUCGUCAUUGGAGAUAGAUGAGUGUCCUAAUCUGAUAUCAAUUCCAAAUCUACAGGAUUUGCAUUCACUUUCCUCUUUAACAAUUACAUCUUGUAAAAGAUAGAUGGGUUAGACUGCCUCACCCGCUUGAAGUAUUUGAGUAUUGGUGGGUUUUGUGAGGAGUUGGAUGCUUUCCCUAGUCUCUGUUCCAUCCAACACGCAUCCCUUGAAACACUAAGAUUGGAUGGAUGGGCUAAACUCAACUCUCUCCCAGACGAUAUUCAACAAUUUACUGCCCUAACAGAACUCUGGAUAAUUAAUUUUGACCAGAUGGAAGCUUUGCCUGAGUGGUUGGGCAAACUUUCUUCUGUUCGAUACUUGUAUCUUUGGAAAUGCAAGAACCUGAUGUAUCUGCCAACAGCGGGAGCCAUGCAACACCUCACCAUAUUAAAUAUUUAUGAUUGCCCCAAAUUAAAGGAAAGAUGUGUGAAGGGAAGCGGCGCAGAGUGGCUCAAAAUUGCCCAUAUUCCAAAUAUCUCUCUUAACACAGAUUAAAGGGUAGUUGUGCAUAUUGGUCCAAGACAGAUCAGAGUGGGGAAAAAAUAAAAGAAGAAAAAGGAAAGUUCUCCUCUUCAAGAGCUGCGAACGAUCAAAAUUCAAGGGCUGCUCACCAAAUUAGAUAGAUAUCACUUUUUUCUGUCCCAGCAUAUACUCACUUUCAAAAUUUUGGUUAUUUGAUGGUUGACAUCCAAUUGGGGGCUGAAAUGUAUUUAUUUGACACACAAGUUCAGGAUUCAUCACCAUUCUAAGCUCUGAUUUUCAAUCAGCCAAACUUUCUUAGUUGGAAGCAUCAAAUUUUGAGGAUCUUUACACUGACCAGAUGAGGCGUCAAUUGUAGCUUCUGAUUUGGCACAGGGUUAACUUUUUCUCUCUUCAAGAUUUGGAUUUUGGAUACAAGAAUGCUGCUUUUAAGCAACAAAGGAAGAGGUCCAAUCCCUUACUAAAGAGAUGCUCUCUGGAGUUCUUUCUUGUGGUCGAUAAUUUGGUAGAAGUUAUUGCCAUGUUAUGCUCACUUUGCAGAAAAAGCUGAAUAUUUCUUAUCGGGUGCUGUCAGAAUGGUUAACGAUUGCACACAAUCUAAUGGGGUGUGAAUUCAAUUACUAUCUGAGAGAAGUUCAUCAAAAUUAUAAAAUUGGCAGUGGUUGGAAAACCUUUUCUCUCUUCAACAUUGGUUACUUAUUUGGAUGCAAGUGGAUGCCAUGUAUUGGCUCACCAAUUUGCAACACCUAUUCAUUCCGUACUGCCUCAAGUUAAACGAUAGAAGUGCUGAGAGUAUCAGCCAAUUCUCGUCCAAUGACAGGGAAUGGAUUAAAGAGGAAGCUGUUUGAAGUUCACACAUAUAUUAUCAGAGCAAUGUGUGUGGCCAAAUUCUAUUAUAUUCAGUUGGAAGAAAAAUUAAUUAAUUUUAUGUUAAUACAAGUUUGUCAAAGGUGGAAGACGAGGUACUAGUAUUUCAACCUAGGUCCUCUAAUGUGCGAACAGCUUUGGUUGGAGUCGGUAAAUGUUGAUGAUGUUGGAGCCUUUCUAGAGUGAUGGUCAUGUAGAACAGACAACACAAACUUUCCUAGAGCUUGUUAGAAGUCAAUGUGCAGGAAAUUCAAGAAGUAGAAAAGUAAGAGUAGAAAUCAUUGGCGAUAGCGAUGAAAUUGCAUGAAAUUUGGUGACGUGAAAGGAAAGGGUGCUGGGAGUAAAACUCAUUGCAUUCGGCCACGAUCAAAUCUGCUUUUUGGGUAAAUUAUUUCGUUAAGCUGUUUAAAUUUAUGAAUUCAAGGAACCCCUCGUGGAUUUGAGGUUUUCAUCCAGGAGCUAACGUGUUUAAUUUCUUUUCAUUCAGAAAGCAACAUGUUUUUUUUCUUGUAGCUAAGUGGAAGAUUUGGCAUAGUGGUUGAGGAUUUAUUUUAACUUAUAAUCUUGUGAAGCCUUAGAUUAUAGACAAAAGAUUGGUCAUAAUCUAGAAAUCACAAAAGAUGGACUUACAAAUUGACUCCAGUGCUUUUUUUUUUUUUUUCUCUCACGAAAAUUUUGGAAAAUUUACUGCAAUAGGGAGUGUUGAUGACCUUGUUCAUGUUAUAUGGAAUUCUUCAGAAUGAUGAUGCACGCAAAUCAAACAUUAUGUGCUCCUAAGCUCAAGUUGCUGCCUCAUCUACUUCAACAAUCCCAAAUGCAAGAAGCUGAGAUAUCUACCGGCAAGGGUAUGGGGACUCACUAGAUAACAGAUGCUGUCAUGCUGAUUUGUGGAUGACCUUACAGUGCGGUUUGCUGUACAGAGUGCACUAUAAGGAAGUAUAACUUCAGAUUCAAAUCAAACGAGAGGGUUAACAUCUUUUUUCUUUUCAGAUCAAAUUAUAAUGUUGGGUCAGCUGGAACCAUAACUUGAAUGUACCUGCAAGUGUCAAUUGGGUGUAUUAGGAUUCCUAACAAUUCGUCCGUUGUUCAAAUCCUAUGUUAUGGUUUCCUAACUUAAAGUCUCUGUAGCAGUGACUUCAGCAGUUUUCUAGAUUAUGAGUACUAAUCAAUGGCAUAAACUAUGAUAUUCGGUCUUCAGACGUCUACAAGAAAUUGAAGAGCCCAAUUAAGAAGAGCAACUUGAAACUCAAUUUUGAUGCAUUUUUUUGUUGUCAGAGAUCAAGUUAUGCACUAUGAAAUACAUCUGUCUUCUCCUAUUGUCAGUCUUGUUGUCUUAACUACGAGGUCAACCUGUUUGGGUGCUCCACUUCAUGACCCUGUAUGGAGGGUAACAGCCUACAGAUUGUAGAUAAGGCAAUGGACAUAAGUCUCUGUCUGAAAAGUUGACAGAUUUUUACUUAAAUGGGUAAAUGUGAAGUCCACUUCCAGAAGGGAAUGGUUAAAAGAGCUGGAUACUCACUCUUUAGUGUCACUCUAGUUUUCGAUUCCCUGGGCUGGUAUCUUGGAAAACAUCAAAAGGUAAUGCCAAUUGCAUCAGAAUGUGAAGUGUGCUGAUCAGUGGAGACAUCAUUGCUGCCUGUAUUUAAGACUCCAAAUCUUGAUCAUAGUUGACCUCAUCUGCCGUGAUGAUAGAAUGUCAUCUCUAAGAACUGACUUUAUAUACUGAAGGCAUUGAAAUUUAUUUUCAACCUACAGCCGAAGCAAGGGAGAUAUGGCAAGCUACAAUGAUCCAUAUUGCCCAAGGAGGUGGCUGCUUUGUUCUAUCUUCGAACCAAUUCUGCAGAAAGGGAAGACUAUCCGCUGUCAACAGAAACUACUUGGAGGGUGUUUGAGCAAAGCUAGAUUUUAGUGGAAAUAGGCAUCAAGAGGGACCAAACUCAGUCCAAUUUCUUUUACAACUUCUGUGAAAGCGGAGUUCUCUUGCCAAACAGCUGCAAUUAAGACUUAGCUGUGUAAAAAGUUAUUAAAUAAAUUUCUUCUUCUUGCCCUCUUGCCAAACAGCUAAUCUAGGCUUUGUAUAUAUCUAAUAUCUUUUGUAAUGUUUAGAGGUGUACAGAGGUUAGAUGGUGUCCAUGAUUCGUCCAACACAUUUUGAAGAAAUCAAAUAUUUGUAAAGAUUUUCCUGUACAGUUCGUGAAUACUGAAAUGAACUUUCAUAUGUCCAUGAUUAGUA